AUGUUACCAAUGAGCAAGAAUGCUGUUUUAAGGUCUGUUUCUUGUAGACCUUUAUCACAACUUAUUAAGUUUCAAAAUAUUAGAUUUUUAAAUACCGAUAGGAUACCAAGUCCUCCAAAACUUCCAAAGGAAGAGCAGUUAGAAUUUGAAAGAUUACAGAAGAUAGCAAAUUCCCAAGCAGCCAUUGAGGAUUAUAACUCUAAGAUAUCACAAGAUAGUACAAAAGAGAGUUUGAAUAGUACAAUAUUAACUCGUAAUGAUAUUGGCGCCUUUUCGCCUGAAUUCAAAAAGACGAUUCCUGAAUUUGAAGGAGAUACAAACCCCAAAACAGGUGAAGUAGGAGGACCCAAACAGGAUCCAUUGAGACAUGGUGAUUAUUCUUUUAAUGGGAGAGUCACUGAUUUCUGA